AGACCAACGGUUGGGAUUCUCAAAGAUGGGUCCUACAUAAUGAUAAUAUUCAGGUUGUGAUGCAUCAGGACCCUAUAAUUCCCUCAGAAAAAGGCUCUGCCUCUGUUUGCCUUCUCUCUCAGGUCGCGCCUCCAACGUCGCCUCAUUUCCAGCAAAAUCGGCCGAGUCAUCUGCUGCGACUCACCCUCCGAAAACUCGCCGCUCCAGUCCCUCUCUAAUCGCCCUUCGCCUCCCUCUCCGAAAUCGGGUCCGAGUCCAAGCCCCGAUCCCCCGCCCCGACUCACCUCUCUCUCUCUCUCUCUCUCUCUCUCUCUCUGCUUCUUUUUUCUCGUUUUCUACUUCUCUUCCGUCCGGCGGGGGGUUCGGAGGCUUGGAUUCGUCGUCUUUCCCCUUCCCAUUUCCAUGAAAAGGAUGGGUGAUAUCAGAGGGUAAAUGCGGUAAUGACAUAGAAACCUAGACCUUUUUUGGACGUUAGAGGACGAAAUUGGAGGGAAUGGAAGGGAGGAUGUACACAACCCCUCUGCCGCCUCAGCUGUCCGAUUCAAAUAGACGGAUCAUCGACUCUGAUGGCCCAUCAAAGCGAGCUUAUCAAGUCUGGAAAGGAAACAAUAGAUUUUUUCUAGGGGGCAGACUCAUCUUUGGUCCAGACGUGAGGUCACUGGUAUUUACAGUAUUUCUAAUUGUAAUUCCAGUGAUCAUGUUUGGUUCUUUUGUGUGUCCACAGCUGGUUAAUGAGUUUAACAAUGAUCUUGGGAAUCUCAUAAUAGCUAUUCCUACUGUCUUCACAGCAUAUGUCCUCUGUCUCCUUUUCAUCACUUCUGGAAGAGAUCCUGGCAUUGUUCCUCGUAGAGCGCAUCCUCCAGAACCAGAAGAUGUAGGUGAUGCCUUUGGUUUAUCAGCAGAUUGGGCAGGAAAUCAGGGCACUGCCUCGAGUAUACCGCCCACAAAGGAUGUCCUUAUAAAUGGGAUUGUAGUCAAGGUCAAGUACUGUCACACAUGCAUGUUAUAUCGGCCCCCGCGAUGCUCCCACUGUUCCAUCUGCAAUAACUGCGUAGAGCGUUUUGAUCACCAUUGCCCCUGGGUUGGGCAGUGCAUUGGGAAGAGGAAUUACAGAUUCUUUUUCAUGUUUGUGUCCUCCACGACUCUGCUGUGCUUAUACGUCUUCGCCUUUUGCUGGGUAAAUAUGAAGAAAAUAAUGAAAGCAUAUGAAUGCAAUCUAUGGAAGGCUUUUCUGCAUUCGCCCGUAUCAGGCAUCCUGAUCAUAUACACAUUCAUCGCAGCUUGGUUUGUCGGAGGGCUCACAGCGUUUCACCUUUAUUUAGUCUGCACUAACCAGACAACUUACGAAAAUUUCCGAUAUCGUUAUGGUGAAAAGAUGAAUCCGUAUGACCGCGGAUGGGUCCUAAAUGUUAAGGAGGUCUUCUGCACGACGAUUCCCCCUUCUAAGAAUGAUUUCCGAGCGAAAGUGAAAGAGGACUCUUCUUCUACCUUUGCUAACUCGUUCUCCCUGGGCCGUGUCCUGAGCCCAGAGAUAGCUAAAACGAGUUUUGACAUAGAGAUGGGUGGGAAACGUCAGGCUGUCAUAGCUGAGGAGUUUGAAGAAAUACAGAUGGGGUUAGAGAGAUGUGGGACCCAACCAAGGCACUCGAACUGGGGUCAAAAGGGCAACUGGGAAAUCACCCCCGACAUACAAGCACUGGCUGCUGAAUUCGGGAUGGAGCAUGGCGGUACAGAUAGAGAGAAGAUCUAUAUAAACCAUUGACAUGGGUGUUUGAAAGGGGUCGACUGGUUCUUUGAGAGAUCUGCAAGGGUCACUAGUUAGGCUUAAAAAGGAAACAGCUGUAGAAGCCAUCAGAAGCAGGAAAGAGAAGAUGUCUGAAAUUGGCAUGAGAGGUCUUUAACUGCUGUUUCCCCUUUCUAAGGGGGAGGAGAGCUGCUGGUUUUUUAAAUGGGUUUUGAAGGGGGAAUAUGGUGUUUUAGACUACAAUGUCUUUCUGCGGUAGGAAGAACUGUAAAUGCUGGAAAGGGAAAUGUGAUGUGAAAUGGGUUUGUUUGGCUGUAUGUUUUUUGGGUGAUGUUGGUAUUUAUCUCAGCCUCUGCAGAAAUCAAGGCCCGUUUGGAUCUGGAUCUUGACAAUGAAAGUGUUGUAGUUGUUUUUGAGAUGUGGUUUGCUUGGUUUGAGGUUUCCGGAGCUUCAUAUAUGUCAAAACUGUAGAAAUGGGGAUUCAUUGUUUGGUUAGUGGAAAUUGGGAAAUAUGUUGUAAUGUGAUAUUCUGAUUUAUUGGGGGGGGGGGGGGGUGGGUUAAUCUUAAGUUCUGAAUAUUUGGAGAACCAUUUCAUCAGUGGCUUUUCUGUUGGUAACUUGGGCAUGCUUGUUUGAUUGCAGGAACAGAUCAAUCUCCAUGAAACUAUGGCGGUAAUAACGGGCCAUGGUGCAUCAGGUUGCCAUGUGUCGUUCCAUGUGGCUUGGUAUGUCAGACCUUUUGAAAUGUAAGUGGGUGAGACGUUGCACGAUUUAACAUAUGUGACAUGUGAUACUCUAGUUGUAGCCACUGUUUGAUCUUUUAACUAUUAGAAUGACACAGAUGCGGUUGGAUUGUUUCCA